UUCCAAAAAUAUGUAUUGCUGGGAUUUCAUAAUUGCAAUAUCUAUCAUUGCAUUACUGCCACACUUCUCAGCACUGUGCUUCGGUGAAAACAUCAAAAGACGGAAGACUUCACGCAAAAGAACUUAUCUUAAGGGUAAUAAUAUCGAAUCCCCAUCUGACGUUGCUGAAGGUGCACCUCCAAGGAAACUGUUCUUUGGCUUUCUCUUGGGAGCCGCCAAAGCAAUAAUCAAUCCUAUAGCUAACGCUGUUGGAAGCAUCAUUUCACCGGGUUCCAAAGCUCCCGACCCUCCUCCUCCGCCACCACCUCCACCAGAACCGGAACGAAAGUACAGGCGUAGUCGUUCGUAUUCGGACGAUUCAGAUUCGGAUUCAGACUCAGAGCGAUAUGAAAAGCGAAGACGUCGUCGCAAGAAGCGUAGAUCAAAAAAACGGGGUAAAGAUGAGGACAACGAUGCUGACGGGGAAAAGUCUAAUGAUGUGAAAGAGGAAGGUACCAAAACAGAAGAACAAAAAGAUGCAAGUGACAAAAAAGAUUCGGGAGAAAACAAAGAUGAUAAGCCUGCUGAAAACGUACCACCAGCAACGAAUGAAACAGAUACAGGUAACAAGCCUGAUGAUCCAAAUGGUGUCAAACCUCCAGAGGCUGUUGAAGGCAAAGCACCAGAAAUCGCAUCUACCCCAACAAAUGAUCCUCCAACAGAUAUAGUAAAACCAGAAAGUGUAAGCACUGGUGAUAAACCGGAAGAUGCUAAACCAGCUGAACCACAGGAACCUGACAAGAACGGAGAGAACCCACCAACCAACAACGUAGAAGUCACACCUAAUGCUGAUACCGAGAAACCACCAGUGGAAAAUGCUACAACAGAAGUAAAAACUGAUAGCCCUGAGGCUAAAAAACCUGACGGUGACCCACCAGGUGAUAAGGCCGGAUAGUAUAUG